UCAAUUGGGUAAAACAAUUCCGACCAAAAACAUUCCCGUUGUUCUGGUUGCACAGCUGACAACCGCAUGUCAACAAAAGUAAACAAACAGAAACAAAACAAAAACUUCUGCAUAGGCGGUCUUUAAAUUGCAAUCCUCUUCGACACCCGGCCUUCCCUAUCUGCCGGACGCUGUAACUGACGUUUGAAAAAGCGAAGAGCGUGAUUCAUCACCAAAUGCAACGGGCGCGUGCAGCUCAACGCGGUGUACUGAUGUUUCAGUACUGUGUGCAAUACCUCGAGUGUCGUUAUAUGACGCAACGGGACGCUCAUUGCAAUAUUCAACGCAAUACCUUCAAUAUAAAACACACGGCCAACCAUCGGGCCAGCUUCAGUUGUCAAUGGCCGGUGAUUUUCAACAGUGCUGGUGGCUUUCGGUUUAAUUCGACGGUACAACACGACAAUGGAUAGACGGAAACUUAACAAGAACAACUUUAAGGCAGAUUUGCUGCACUGGUGUGCGGCCAACGAUUGGCCGAAGGAAGUGCUCAAGCGUCUGCAGAAUGGAGAUAAUCCCUAUCGACCCAACAAGGACGGCCUAUCGCCUAUGCAUGCUGCAAUUGCCCAUAACGCCCGCUCCGUAGUGAACAUUCUGCUCGAACGAUACGCGGCCGAUGUAGCGAUCGUGAAAGAUCACAUGCAGCACAGGUUCCUGUGGAAAGCGGAAAACAAUUGCUGGAACAAGCGGCCCAUCCUGAUCGCCUGUACGGAGCAAGAACGUGAACAGGUGCAUCUGCUGGCCAGCUCCUGCCCAACGGCCAUCCCGUUCAAUGUGCAAGUGUUUGUGCUGUUUCUAACGCCGUACCUCGGAAGUCAACUAGUGGCGCUGGAUGUGUGCGGGUCGGCGGAAAAACAAGCUGAUGUACUGCAAUGCAUCAACAGGCUACUCCCCAACGGCAUGUUGUCACUUAACCGAACGGAUUUACGAACAGACUGUCUGACCUACCUGCAGGCCGCGUGUUUGUACGAUCGCGAGAAACUGAUUCCAAUGCUAGUGGCACACGGAUCCCGACUUUCCGCAACCGGUGAUGGUGAGAGUAUUCCGCUCAUGACAGCCUGCCGUACCAUGAAGAUGGGCAUCGUAGAGCAGCUGCUUACGAAGUACGUUAACCGGUACGAUCCCACCGUUACGGACAGUCAACAGCGGAAUGUGUUUCACAUCUGUUUGGAAAAGAAUAAUCCUAAAUUGGUAGAUUACGUACUGAAAGCGUUAAUUAACUAUCGGAAAACCCAGUUCGGCGAAACGGAGUCGGAAGCGUUUAAUCGAAUUUUUCCCUACAAGUGUGAGGAAUACAGCUUUAAGACCACGUGGUCACUUAUUAGACCAAAUUUAAAGGAGCAGUGCUCACAAUACGUAGUACAAUAUCGCCUCGAUCUAUCCAAUCGUACGUUCCUACACGUGAAGGAUUUGCUCUCCAGGAAGGUAGCGCUUGACUACUGCUUCGAGGAAAUUCGGCGUAAUCCUGAUAUUUUGAAGUUAAGCACAGAAGACGCACCCGAACAAAAUGUACUGCAUCAGCUCUAUCGACAGGAUCAUCUAGCCUUUGUCGAGGAGAUGUACGAGCUGCAUCCUGCGGUGAAGCCUUGGUUUGAAACCAAAGAGGCUUUUGUGAUUCUUCGUAUUACCUUGACCCAUAGGAACAUGGAAAAGCUAACAAUUAUCCUAGAGCACCACAGAGAUUAUCUUAUCUCUAAGCCCGCCGACCUGGAAGAAUAUGCUAUCGGCCAAACUUGGUUCGAUAGGUCGGUGUAUAGGGAACCGUUUGCUCUGCUCGCAGCAGCAUUCCCCGAAAAGCUGGAUGUGAUAAACGCAACCAAGUCGCAGGCAGCAGAACUCCAGCGAAUACAAUCUUUCACGGAUAGGUUUUAUGCGCUGAAAAAAUCAUUCAACCAAGAGCUGGAAUCGCUGAAAGCGGACGGUAUACUGUUGCCCACCUUGCUGGAUGACCGCAAAAGGAACGUUCUUCAUCAAGCGGCAGACUGGGAUGAGAUAGAGUUGGUCAAGAACUUACUGGCGUGCGGGUUGGACCUAAACCAGCGCGAUGGCGAAGGCAAUUUGCCCAUCUUUUACGUCCGAAGUGUGGCUGCGUUUGAAGUGCUGUACGAAGCAACGCCCGUCGAUCCGACGAUCACCAACGCUAAAGGCUACAAUCUACUGCAUCACAGUAGCCGGGUGAGCAACUACAAUGGUGAAGCGAUACUGACGAAACUGAUGGAGCUAGGCUUCGAUGUAAAUCAGCGCACACUAGAUGGUAAUGUGCCACUGUCGAUUGCCACCUGCUGCUCCACCGUACGGUUCCUGCUUGCGAACGGUGCCAAGCUUGAGCUGAUCGAUGGGGCCGCUCUGGUGAGGUCGCUAGACGGCAAACUGUAUUGUGCGGCAUGGGCACUAAUGCUGAAAGUUGUACACCUUCCCUGGUUCGAGAGAAUCGCACACGCGUUCCUACCCUGGAUGCUUGGGAAUCAAAAUCGUGAUUUUUUCACCUGCAGCAGUGGCGAUUAUUUGGAACAAAAUCCCGAGGUACGAAAAACACUGUUCGACAGUCUGUAUCGACAUUCGCGGCACGAGGCAGCCAACUUUUUCCGUGAAGUUUGCCACCGGGCCAUCAAUUGCUGUGCGCGAUGGUUCCUAGAUUACGGGUAUGAUAUCGAUUUGGAGUUGUGCGAUGAAUACGGCUACACUCCACUGCUGGGACUGGUCUCCUACAUGGAGGAACCAAACCUAGACGUGAUCGAGCGAUUGCUGCAGAAAGGCGCCAAUGUGAAUGCUAGAGACAAACGAGGACAACACUCGUUGCUUAAGCUCGUGUCUGGAUACAGAUCGGCACAGUGGUAUGGCCACACGCUAAAGAGCAUCGAGCUGUUGCUUGACCGUGGUGCCGACAUUAACGUGCAGGAUGAAAAUGGGAACUCGGCAUUGCAUGUAGCGUUUGCGGGAAUGCAUCUAGACUUGGUACAGCUGCUGAUGGUACGGGGAGCCAAUCGGAAGCUUAAAAACAAUGCGAACAAACUACCCCAUCAGAUGGUGGAUAAACAACUGCAAGCUUUAUUGGCGUACUUGGGCUAGCUAGCCUACGUGCGACUGCAAUUUUCAACAGGCUCAAGCACGCCUACACACACCAAAGUACAACUCAACUGCGUAGUACAAGUACGAAAAGUAUUUUAAAAAUAAUAACCAAAUAAACAUAAGACACAUUUGCUAGUGGGGAGCAAAAACAGGGUAAAGCAA